UCUCCGAUCCCUAAAGUAAAGAAAAAGCCGAGAAGCACAAUGAGUGAGAAACAGGAGUGGCUACCGAGCGAAGGAGCUUGUGGUAGUGCCUAGUGAGCGGGAGGCACUUUACACUUUGGCGUCUCUUACGGAUUUUACACUUUUUUUUUUAAAGUAAGAUUUUAUUGUUUCGUCGGCGCCGGGUCCCUUGGUGGAUUCUCCUAAAGGAUUAUUGUCUUCAUCUUGGGGCAGGGGACGUUUGGACAAGUCGUAGAAUUAUUAGCCGACGAAGAUGAAUCGCAUCGUCUCUGCUUUUAUUUUGCUGGGUGUAUUUGCUGCUUCUUCUGGACGUGUAGUAAAAGUUCUGGCUGGUCCAUUGAUCAGAGUGGAGGGAAAAAAUGUUAGCAUAAGUUGUGAUGUUAAUGACUACACUGGCCCCAAAGAGCAAGAUUUUGAGUGGUCUGUUCGUCAUAAUGAAGAAUUUGUAAACUUGGUGGGUACAUAUGAUCUAAGUUUUACAGCGAACAAGUACAAGGACAGAGUGGAUAGUGGAGAGAUUGCCAUCAAGCGAACUAGUGACAACUCUGUAAUCUUGGAGAUUAUUAAUGUGAAAAUAACAGACAGUGGUGAAUACAAGUGUUUCACCCCCAGCACAGAUGUAACUUCAAGUGGAAACUAUGAAGCAUCUGUAAUACUAAAGGUAAUUCCAGAUAGCCUGAAAGUAUCAGGUUCAAAAUCAAGAUCCGAAACAGGAAGCAUAACAGAAGGUGAUGCAUUUGAGAUGCGUUGCUCGGUCUCAACAGAUGCAACGUCCGGCACUUACCUUUCAAUCAGCUGGGAAGUAAAUUCGGGUUCUUCUAUUGAGAAUAUUAUCACACUGACAGCUGAUUCUUCCAUUAGCCCUGAAAAGAAAUACAGUGAGCGUUACAAGGGAGGCAACAUUCGUCUUGACUUUUUAGGCAAUGGGAUGUACAGUUUGCUUUUCUCUCGUAUUUUACCCUCUGAUAAUGGCACCUACUCAUGCAUUGCUAAAGAAUGGGUAAAGGAAGCUAAUGGCACGUGGACAAAAAUCAAUGAGAAAACAACACAGCUGGUAACAGUAGCAGUAACACCAAUAGCGAAUUCUUUAACAGUUUCAUUGGAUGAAGAUAACAUUGAUCUCAGCACAUCAGAUACCCUUGCAUUAACCUGCCAUAUUGGAGGACUGAAAAAAGAUUUGGGUGUGGAGGUAACCUGGUUUAUCAGUCCUGUUCUGAAUACUGACAUGGAAAAAACUCCUGUGGUAGCUCAUGUAACUCUUGAUGGUUUGGUAAAUGGAUCAGACAGUGUAUCCCUUGGCCGUAUAACCCAAAAUUCAUUCCAGCUGGUGGUGCGUGACCUGGAUAAAACUGACUCUGGAUACUAUUUUUGUAAAGUAACAGUGUGGGUGCAGCAAUUCAUUGGAAGUUGGUAUAAAGCAGUUGAAAGUAUUUCUGCGCCUGUCAUUGUAAAUAUAACUUCGUUAGAUCCGUCUUUCACAGUUAGUCAUACUAUUCUGAACAACCCAGAUUUGGCUGGUGCACCAACCAAACUUGAGUGCAGGAUGUCAAAUGAUCAAAAUGUUAAUGGUGCCACACUUGCUGUUUCAUGGUACUUCAAGGAAAACUCACCAGGAGAUGUUCCACUCUUCACUUAUAACAUUGCUUCUGUAGACCACAAUUUGGUUCUUCAGGCCAGUAGCAAUUACAGUGAACGUGUUAAAAAUGGACAUAUUGUUCUCACAAAGACAGACAAUGCAGCAUUUCAACUCCAAAUACUGCACACCCGGGACACUGAUCGAGGAGGAUAUUUCUGUACUAUCUCCACUUGGACCCAGACAAAGAAUCAUAAUUGGGUGCAGACAAAAAAUGUUUCCUCUAGUACUUCUGUAAUUUUCUGGAGACAAGACAAUCCAAAGCUUGCUGUGAUUGCAACUCCAAUUAGAGCAGUAUUCUCUCCUGGAGAAACAUUUGAGAUGGCUUGUAAAGUUAUUGGGGAAAACCUAAAGACCCCACGCUACUCUAUAGUUAUUAAUGUGGAGUAUGCAGGUGGUAAAACCAAAAAAAUUAUUUCUCUGAGUAAGGAUUCAAUAAUUAAUCUGGAGGAAUGGAAUGACAAACAUCGGCUUGACAGCGUGGUUUUGGAGAAAACAGGAGAGACAGCAUUCCUCUUUCGAAUGUAUGGAUCGCAAAUCUCUGAUGUUGGGUUUUAUUUCUGUUCCAUUUCUGCCUGGACACCAGAUGUGGGAAACACGUGGACCAAGACUAUAACAGAUGUUUCCAACAAAGUCAGAAUUGCUUUUGAACAAUCAGGACCAUCCUUCAAUGUCUCAGUUUCUUCAGACAACCAUUUCGUUUAUCCUGGAGAGACAGUGAAGAUUGAGUGUGUUGUCUUACUUAAUGGAGCUGCCCCAGGAAUGGAUAAGAUCUCUUAUGAUGUGAAAUGGAUGCACAAUAAUCUACAGCAAUCAGAGGAGGGCCAUAUGUUGACCUCCGUGGACCGUUGGGGAUUAGUACAACCUGGGCAAAGUAACAGCAGCAGUGAUUAUAGUCUGGAGAGAACAGAUGCUCAGAAGUACCUUCUGAGAAUCCACAACAUUGAAAGUAUGGGUCACGGCAACUAUAUCUGCAUAGUAACACCUUGGAUAAAGUCACCCGAUGGAUCCUGGCAAAAAUCAUCAGAAAUUGUCUCUGAACCAGUUCUCAUAACUGUCAAGCUUGACUUCUGGAACUCCGUGAAGUAUCCCAUAAUCUAUGGACUGAGUGCAGCAGCUGCUGUUGGACUGCUAUCCAUUCUUAUUGGUUACCUUAGUGUUUACUGCUGCUGCAAGAAAACAAUGAAGGCCAACAAUAAAACAAGGGAUCUCUAUAAGAAUACCCCGAUGCUGGUUCCCAGUGAAAUGGACUGAGGCCAGAGGGACAGAAAGGAGCUUCACCCAGUAACACAAUGGAUGUAUGAGCAGUCCCUCCCCCCAAGAUUUAUUUUUUAUUCUUCCACGGUGAAACUUUUCAGAAAAAAAAACGACUUGCUCAAAAUUAGAGGGAAGAAAAAGCAGAAAGUUGUCUUUGUAGGAUUCCUUAAAUGAAUGGAUACUCAGUUUGGAUUGCUUUUGUUUCUUUUGUAUUGAAUAAAUGGAGCGCUUUUUUUUUUUUUUUUUUUUUUUUAAGCCUCAUUUUUAUAUAUUGUAUAUAGGAAUAGCACAAAGCUCAAGACUAUUUAAAAUGGAUUUUAAAGACAUAUAUUUUGCAUUGAGAGACUGUUAUAAAUUAUCGUUUUAUCCAUUCUUCUGAGCUGCUGAACUCUGGCAAGGUUUAAGAGGUAGCAAAUUUCUUGCCAGCAUUUGCCUUCCCACUUUCUGGAUUUUUUAAAGUCAUAAUUCUUCAUUCAUGGAUCUUGGAUAUUCUGCUUUCGUUCCAAGAAUGAGUUGUACAGCUCAGGUUUAUGAAAAUUGAUUUUUAUGCUUGCAGUCUUCAAUUUUAGUUCAGAUGUUUACUGGAUUGUGAUAGUGUUGAACAUAGGCUGAUAUUAUUUAGUCUUUAAAUUCAAGUCAUGAUAGAUAGAUAGAUAGAUAGAUAGAUAGAUAGAUAGAUAGAUAGAUAGAUAGAUAGAUAGAUAGAUAGAUAGAUAGAUAGAUAGAUAGAUAGAUAGAUAGAUAUACACUUUGGAGAGACAUCGUGGUGCAAAAUUAUAUAUUUUUUUUUUUUUUUUACCAUCGGUGCCUUAAAAUCUCUUUUAUAUUAAAGAUACUUUUAUACUUGGAGAAAAAUCUUCAGGGACACAAAAAUGGCAGUUUUCAGAUUUGUAAGUGUUCUAUAUAUUUUUUCUUAAUUAUUAGUUUUCGUGCUUGUCACAAUUGGGCACAAUUUAUAUUUUACAUGUGCUCACUCCUUUUUCCAUAACAUCUGUGUAAGAGAUGGACGCUUUCCAAGACUGAGAUGUACAUUUUUAUUACUUUAGUGCCAAAAUCCAUUUGGAUGUGAAAGCAAUGAUAAUUUAUAGCUGUGUGGUGUUUUUUUUUUUUUUGGCUUUGGGGGUGCUGUGGGGAUUGGACACAGCCAGCCACAUACAGCUUUGUAAAUAGACACCUGGUUUGUUGUUUAGUCCUUUUGACUGAGGAAGAGAUAACCAUUUGGCUCAGAUCCUGAAAGUAUUCACCUUCUUGAAUAAUUACAUUUUUUUUAGCUUCAAGCCACCUAGUACAUUGAAGUUAUUUGAUUUGAUUUAAACAUCAUAUUAUCAUCAUAAAAAAAUGCCUCAUUAAAAUGUAACAAAAUUUGUAAAAAAAAAAAAAAAAAAAAAAAAUUAAACAUCUAAGUGUUUCCUUUUUGCCUAAAUCGGUACUUUUUAAGGAUCAGUUCCUGCGUUUGGAUUACAGCAUAUACUUUACGCAUAUUGGUUUGAGGAUUUUUGUGUUUUCUUCCUCUGUAUAUUUGCUACAGUUCUGUCACACGUACACCCAGCUGUCAAGAAUUCUGACAGACUUGCAGUAGGAGUCAAGUUUGGGCUUUUGCCAAGCCACUCAAGGGCAUUUGUCUUUUUUAGAAUGCAUUGCUUAUAUACUACAUCAUUAUCCUAUUGGAAUGUAAAUCUUUGUCCUAUUCUCUUCAGCAUGAAGCAAAUUCCUUGAAGUUUUUACCUAGAUUUGCCUGCAUUCAUUGUUUCCACUGACAAUUCCGUAGUUCAUGUGACUGAGAUGCAUCUCCAUAACACAAGGCCUCCACCACUGUGCCUCAUGAUAGGAAGGGUAAUGGUGAUGUACUGCGUAUACUAUAGCACUGAGUAAUAAAGCCAAUAAAGUUGAUUUUAGUUUCAUCAGGGCAGGGUGUGUGUCACAUAGUAUUUGUGUCUGCCACUUGCAGACUGUAAGCAUUUUAGAAAGCCCCUUUUCCCAGAGAUGUUUCAAUCCAGACAGCCUCUCAUACACAGACUACAUCUGCGAAAUGCUGCAGAGUUUGCUGCCCUCUCUCCUUCAAUAGCCUUAGCAGUGAAACCGUAUACUUCUGUCAGGGUGCUUACUGAGCACUAGGCCACUUCUGUGACAAGGCGGUUUCUUAACUACUUAUUUAUUGUAAGAGGGCAAUCUGCUCUAGGUAGAGUCCUGACGGCCCGAUAUGCUUUUGAUUGCUUAGUGAUAGGCAUGAAUGUCCAACUGUGAGCUUUCAAAGCCACAGAUUUUUUUUUUUUUAAUACCUUUUCGCAGGUAUGUGCUUCCAGGUAGUUGCAUUAUUGAUUUGUAAUGGAAACAUCUUGGACUGUGUAGCUGAGUUUCUGUUGGGUGUGUUUAAUGACUCAACUGUUAACACUGCAUUUGUAGUAAAUCGAUAAAUAAAGAGUCUGUUUUUCCCUGUACAUUAAUUUAUGGAUGAUGUGUUGGUCAGUUUCAGUGAUGGUGUUUACCAUCAAUAUUUGGCAGCAAAAAGGCAUGGUGUAAUUUUGAAAGCAGACUAAGUGGUUAAUUUGAAAGAAGACCAUAUGUAACAAAUAAUCGUGUGUGACGAGCAUACAACCCUUUUCUGUUAUGAAAAGGAACAUGGUGGGCAGGAAGAGCAUAGCUAGCAUCAUUUAAAAGGUACAAAUGUGUUGUGGCAGGUGGAAUAUCACCCAAUUAAUAGGAGACAAACUGCAGAUACAAUUUUAUCAGACAUAUUGUUUUGGAGAGGUGGGCUGUGAGUCCAUUCAGUUUUUCACAGUGACAAAAGGACACGAUUGACAAUGAAGCGCAAUCACCAGCAUAUUUCAAAAGGCGGGCAACACAGAAGUGAACACAAACGCAACAUGUUUGCAAAGACCUUUCAUGAAACCAAGUUCUUGAUUUAGGAAUUGUGAUUUAAAGUUAAUGUCAUUUGUUUUACCAGUAACUCAAACACCUCCCUAAUUUUUCUUCUGAAAUUCUUUCUGGUGUCUUAGAAAUGUGUUUCAUGUAACCACGUUGUAAUGACCACCGCAGGUAUCAUUUAGGUUUUAGACUAACGUCAGACAAAAUUAGAUGCAGCCUUAAACUUGUUUUCUCUUCUAAUAAUACACUGUAAUAUGUAGAGUAUGCAUUAAAAGAUCGCCUCAAAUUGUUUAAUUUGAAUCUGCAGUGCAACAAAAUGGAAUCAAACUCAAAGGAGCUGGAUCUUGUCUGACGGAGCCAGUGCCUCUCUUGAUGUUUGCCCUGAACCGUUAGCAGUGGCACAAACGUCAAAUGAAUAAUACAAACUAGGAAAACUAAGAUCCAAAGAGAAACUCUGUUGUAAGGAGGAUGUUCUGGAGAUCCAAGAUUAAUGGCUCAGCUCUCCUGCUCUGUUGAAGUCAUUCAUUCAGUCAGUCAUUUUUUAAUGUCAUUAACAUUCAGAAUUGUUUUACUGUGGUUUGGCAAAUAAAUGGACAAUUACACUGAUUCUGGAUAGAGCACCCCUUGUUUGCCAAAAUACUGAGUUUUCUUGUUCCCUUUCUAUACUGUCUGUAUUUGAAUACUUUGUUUGAAUCUUUUUUAGCAUUGUUUUGUAAAGUGCUGCCCUUGAAAGGUGCUAUAUAUAAUAAACAUUGAUUAAUAAAUGA